AGGAAUAAUAAAUUGUGUGCUAGCAACGGUAACUAAUGACACAGACUCCACCUGUUUGACCAAAGACAAAAUAAACAUCGCAAAUAGUUUUAUAAACCUGGUUCCCAAACAGUUUUCAUCCAGAAUCAACUUUUGCAUAAAGAAUAACUUCUCCGAGUUUGUUUCACCAGGUACUGUAGUCGAUGGAAAAAACACAGUUCAAGACACAACGACGAAUAUAAAUCAGAGUCUGCUUCUCUUGCUCGUGGGAUUUGGGUUUUUUCUCUUUUUUGUCACCAUCUUUGCAAUCAGCUUAUUGAAAAUGAGAACAAUGCUAUUGAGGAAAAGAAGAAAAGACUUGAUGCGCCUUCCUAGCAUUCCAAAGACAAGAAGUUCUCAUUACGAAGACACUUUUGUCGCAUCAGAUGGUCCGUACCUUGAUCCUGAUUAUGACGUGAUAGAAGAGAUGGACAAGGAUUAUGAACGCUUACCCGAACUAAGAAUAGAGAGCACAACACAGGCAUCUUCAGAACAGAGAAAUGUCAAUACUGAGGGACCAUAUAGUGUACCUAACAAUGCAGAUGAAUCUUACCUAGAUGCAGUGUUGGUUCAGGAAAAUAUCAUUGAUUACAUAAAUAUCCAUCCUCAUAUAGAAUUAGUGGAUGUUUCAGUGGAUCAUACGUCUACCGUAGAUGACUAGUUUUUCCAAGGCAGGAAUGAAGAAAAACUCUGGGAAAUCUGAAAACUAUAACAGCAUUGUGUGAUAAGAAAACAGUAGCAAGCGAUUCAAAAAAUCAUUUUAUGAAUAUAAUAGAAGAGAUAUUUUCCACUAAAUAUGCUUACCUACUGUCAACUUAAUAACCAUUUUAUUAAUCAAUCAAUAAGUAAUUCAAUAAAAUAUUGGAAUCAAACAUAUUUAGGUGAACUUACAGAUAACAAACUUUUGAAGAAUAUAUCUUUUCUUUGAACUAAAAACAUUCUCUAAGAGAGGGAACUGUCUCUCUCAUUCUUUAUGCUGAGAAAGAAAAUAUUGUUGAGUUGUAGACAAGAUAAGCGUUGACUGGAGUGGCUAUGAUAAUUAAAUUGCAUAUGUACAGGUACUAUAUACUUGUACCUGUUUUCAUGUUAUAAAUUUGUUUAUCAUUCUCUUUCUAUGUAUGUAUCACAAUUUUACUUGCACU